AUGAAUUCCAACGCUUCCCAGAAAAAUUAUAUCUGCUCCAUCUGCAAGAGUUAUUUCAUAGAUCCCGUCACCACCGAAUGUGGGCACAACUUUUGCAGGCCUUGUCUCUAUACCUUCUGGGAGGAAGCCUCAAAUGCUCUGAGCUGCCCUGAAUGUAAGAAAUCAUGUUCAACGAACGUUAAAGACAACAUUCGUUUGAAUAUAAGGGUGUUCCUUGCCAGAAGAGCAGUGGUUUCCUCUUUACAGAGCUCAGAACAACAAAUGUGUGAGAUACACAUGAGACCAAAAACCUUUUUCUGCGAAGUGUUCAGGGAGACACUUUGCUUUCCCUGCCGUAAUUCUAAGGAGCACAAAAGUCACCUAGACUGUUCCAUUGAAUGGACUGCUGAGAAAUACCGGCAAAAGCUUCUGGAACAAAUGAGGUCUCUUUGGAGAGAAAAGCAAGAAAAUCAGAGGCAUCUUCACAGACAAAUCAGAAUAAUCAAGUCUUGGAAG